AUUGCUAAGAAAAUCGGCACGAGAGUUGAAGAAAUAAUGUCUGAUUUGAACGAGAUAGACAGACUGACCGCGCACUUCUAAAUUGUGUGAGCGCUCUGCUGGUGGCGGUGAGCGCGGACCAGAUGCAGUGGACGCCCUACAAUGCCAUGCUGCAGGAGUUGCAGCAGGCAGCCUCGCAACAUGACCAACAGCUACAAGCCAGCGACUACUCCGGUGGGUUUGACUUCAGCUCGCACGGGCUCGGUUCCAAUGGCGGCGACUACUCCGGAGGUUCACAUGGAGUUAGUGACUUUUCAGGCGGUUCCCAAGGAGCUGGGGACUUUUCCGGCAGCUAUGGAGGCCAUGACCUUAAAGCCCACGUUUAUCCCGUCCACCAACACGUGGAAGAAGAGAACCCAGAGCCGAUCAAGCAUUAUAAAGAGAUUGUCGUCCCUUUGCCGAAGAACGUAGAAUUCAAAGUCAACCAACCAGUCAUAAUCCCCGUUCCCCAUCCAAUUCCAAUCCAAGUACCUGUUCCGAAGGCUGUCGUCAUCCCAAUUAUCAAAGAAGUGACCAUUCCAGUUGAAAAGUCCGUUCCCUACCCAGUUGAGAGAAUCGUGCAUGUACCGAAAAUUAAGGAGGUACCUUUUGAGGUGGUGAAACACAUUUUGGUACCAGUUGAGAAACCUGUACCUUUCAAAGUUCCGGUUCAUGAAACUAUUAUCCACACUAAGAAAGGACAGUACAAGAUUUAAAUAGAAUAGACACUAAACUCGUUCGGUUGAGUACUGGACGUAUAUAUAUUUACCUUAGUCCAUUUCACCAUUGGGUUUCAGAUUUUUUAUCUAUGCUCCAAUUACACAGCUGUCACUUUUGACAGUAAAGACAAUACGAUUCCCUAUUGUUAUUAGUUUUUUUUAAUUAAUUAAAGCUUUAAAGUUAAUUAUGAAGCCGUCUAUUAAAAUCUUAUAAAACAUUGGAUUCUUAAAAGGGCGAAUGACAGGAUACUAAAGGUUCUUCCACCAAGUCAACAUACGACGCGUGUAAAAGAGAUGCCGCUCUACGCCGUGUAUAGUGCCGUCUCGCUUCUACAAUCAUAAUAUAACUUGCUUAUACACCUUUUUUGGAAGAUCUUUGUCUGUUACCUUGGCCGACUCUUAAAAGUAGAAUUGCUUUUGUGGAAGCAAGACAACAUAUUACGGCAUGUAGCACGCUGUCUCUUUCCUCCGUCGACGAUGUAUCUUGAUAUGAUAUCUAGACUCUCUAGUGAUGCCAACUGGUCCUCAAAUAUUCCCUUGGGCUAUAAAAAUGUUAACCUACCGUUGUAUCGUUAUAGUUUUCUUGUUGUUGUUGUGUGUGAGUGUUUUGGGUGUGUGCGUAAUGUAAAUAAUGUUGUUAUUUAGUUGUAAGAUUUAAUAAACCAUUGGUACAAAUUA